GCACAAUGCUAAUCCGUCUCUAGCAGCGUUCGCGUAACGUUAGCAGGAAGCGUCUUGCGGAAACACUGGCUGUGUAGAUCAGUUCCGCUGCGAGUCGGAGGGGAAAAUGGGGAACUCCGGCUGCUGGUGAGAGAGGUGGAAAGCUGUACAGAUUAUUGUCUGGGAUCUUUCACGAUAGAUUUCUGCUGCCAUUUUAAGCAUCUUCUUCAACAAUGUCUGUUGAAGUAGCCAUGAAAAACUUGGCCAUUGUGUCUGUCCGUGGCCCUGGAGAUGGCAUGGAGACAGACAAACCGGUGGUGGCCCCAGAGAUCUCAGUGGAAACCCCAGUCUUGAAGGUACCAUCAAAGCAGCACCCAGUACUCAAGACUGCUCCAGCAUCGCCACACUCUCCAGGAGUGCUCCACCUGGGGAAAGUGAACAGGGAGGCAUGCACUGAGGUGGAGGCUGUGAGGAUUGUGGUGCCCCGUGCUGCCAUCAGCCGAAGUGGCCGAGUUGGGGCUCACGAGAACAAAGGAGAUGACAGAGCCUCUCCGCAGCAUGGUGAGGACCAGCCACCCUCACCUUCUCCGGAGCCACAGGAUUACAGGAGCGCCCUGGAGAAGCUCCAGAACUCUGAGCGCAGGCUGCUGCAGGACAAAGAGGGCCUCUCCAACCAGUUGCGUGUUCAGACAGAGGUAAACAGGGAGCUGAAGAAGCUGCUGGUGGCCUCAGUAGGGGAUGACUUGCAGUACCACUUUGAGCGACUGGCAAGAGAGAAGAACCAGCUAAUACUGGAGAACGAGGCACUGGGGCGUAACCUCGCUCACACUGCUGAGCAGCUGGAGCGCAUGAGUAUUCAGUGUGAUGUAUGGAGGAGCAAAUUUCUUGCCAGUCGAGUCAUGGCUGAGGAGCUGACAAACGCCAGAGCUGCUCUCCAGCGGCAGACCAGAGAGGCCCAGAGCGCCAUCCAGGACCUGCUGCUCGAGAGGGAAGAAUUCUCCCAAGAUAUGAUGCACACACAUAGGUCUCUGGAGCAGCUGCUAGUCUCCCUGCAGUGGGGUAGACGGCAAACCUACUACCCCAGUGCCCAGCCUCUCAGCACUGGAGAACUCGCUGCAGCCAAUCGCAAGCUGGCUGAUGCCAUCAACUCCCACCUGCUGGGUAACGUGGGCAGCAGCACCUGCAACACUACUGUGAAGAGCAGCCAAGCUUCAGAACUUUGCAAUACGCCAGCUGAGAAGAUGGCAGAGAAGGUACUCAGAAAUCUAGACCCCAUCGCCUGCUCAGACAACAAAGGUGAGCCGGUUGCUUCUGACCCCACCACUUCUCCUUUCUUGCCCAACAAAAAAAGCAUCGGACGUUUCCAUCCAUACACUCGAUACGAGAACAUCACCUUCAACUGCUGUGAGCGCUGCUCUGGGGAGCUUCUUGUACUCUGAGACAAACUUAUCUUAAACUAAUGUCUACUCUCACCUCCAGUAGACAGCAACCUUGUUCAAUAUUUUCUUUCUUUUGUAACUACAUUUUUGGAAAGCUGGAUAGGAGCAGGUAUUUAUUCAUUCUAGAUCGUUGACGGUCAUAUCAGAAGAUGGAUACCACUACUGUACUGUUAUGUGACAAUAGGGCUGACUUCUUUCUGUAUUUUGUUUUGUACAACUCUGGUCUUUAUCAGUAUAAAUGACAAUAUGUUGUCUAUUUUUGUGAAUGCCAAAGAGAGAACACAUAUGGACUCACUCAUCAAGUCUGACCAGCAUACAAUGAAAUGUCUUGCUUUUUUUUGUUUAUGUUAGCAGCUUCCUUGCAACGUUAAGCUGCUUGUCUUUUUUCUAGCCUACUUAUCAGACCUUGAAUGUCAGUGGUUUUGAGGUAGAGUGAAUUGCCAUGUCUUUGCACAGCUACUUGUACCGGUCACCCAGAAAAGAUGCUUAAUUUAAAACAGAUGAAUGAUGAAAUUCUUGCAGUUUUUUUGACUAUGCAGUGUGCAGUGCAACAGCUGCUUUUGAAGAGGAAGUCUUCAAUUUAUAAGAGUCUGAAUUUCAUUCCAUUUUCUGUAUAAAAUAUUAGUUGUCUGUGUUACGUCGAUUUUGUGAAUUUUCAAAGGAGGCAGCAGAGGACAAAUGGACUUUUGCUUGUGUAUUUGUAUAUGAUGAUGUGUAGACAACCGCUGUAUGAUGAUGCAGUAUUAGUGAAAGUGGAACAUAAUAGCGUGAAAAAGCUGAAACCAUCUUUAAAAAAAAAAAAAAACUUGGGGUACUGAAUGAAACUGCAUUGUCAUAUUUAUGUAUUUGCACUGUUGUGUGCAUUAGUUUGAAAAUGGAUUGGUUAGUGUUGUGUCUAGGCUUUAAUGAACUUACUGUAAGGUGCAAUAUGCAAUUGUUUCAUUUCUACUGAAACGGAUGUUGUGUGAAAUGUUUUCCUUGGCAUUUCAAAAACAUUUUCUGUGUAAAAUUCUUAAUUCUCUGCAGUGACUAAAUAAAGUUUGAUACGAAA